AUGGCAACAAAGCAAACCCAACGGGAAUACUUGGUCCUAACCACAGUCACAGAAGGUCCUAUCGCUCCCAUUCCCACGAGGCUGGUCUUCAUGGCUGAAAGUCCUUCUGGUCACGCCCCGAGUCCUCCGUUCCGGAAUGCGGCACAGACUGCGAACCAAAGACUGCGCAAACCAAAGAGGAAGAGACAAGCGCGUACUAGUACAGCAGCAAGCGACUCAUUGGAAAGACAGAUGGGGUCCGCUCGCAGUGAAGUCCCAAGGGGAUCCCCGGCAAGUCUCCUCUAUUGUUUUGAUUGGCAGCGUACUAACACGCAACACAGCCCGACUGUUCCUCCAUUCUUCCUGCCUAAUAUUGUCCGAGAACAAUGCGACAAGCGCUGCCACUCAAAGAGCGAUGACGGCUAUCUUGACCACAUUAAGGAAAUUCAUGAUCUCUCGGUGUACAAUCUCGCAUGGGCUAUCCAGCACGGCACGACCUUGGCAGCGCCCUCAUCCCCAGUUCUAUACUUUGCCGCCAAGGGGAAGUCGCCCGAGAUCGUCAGCAUCCUAUGUCAUGCAGGAGCCAAGCCAAACCAAAGCACCAGUCUAUACGGCUCCGCGAUCUUUGGUCUUCCACUGCUACCCUACACUAUUCUAAGCACCGAAUACAAGCUUGCGGACACAACGGAAACCGUGGUUGCUCUGCUUGCUAUGGGUGCAAGUCCAUACGACGUACCGAAAGACAUGUGGCAGGAUUACCUUAAGGCUCCUACAAAGGACAAACCGAAGCAGAUGGCGGCCUUUGACGUGCAUGAAGCGUGGUGUACCACCGAGAUCAGGGAAGCGCUAUGCAAGACCUUUAACCUCUUACAGCGUUACCCCCUUUGGAAAGCUGCGCAAAUAGAGCGGGCAACAGUCAGGGAGAUUCAAGUCGCUGAAGCAAACAAGAUCAUGCCCCCUCUUCGAAACUCCCUACUUCAUCUUCGGACAGCAGCUGGCGACAACGCAAUACUUUCCCUCGCCGGUCUCAGCGGCCAUGGGAAGACGGAGCUAGCUCGCCGUAUGGGUGGCCUUCUGUCUUUGGAGCUUAUCAUCGUCGAUUGUACCACGAUGCAGUACGAUACUGACAUGUUUGGACCACGAAACCAGUACUAUGGAUCGGAAGUUGGGACUCAAUUGAAUAAUCAUCUUGCAGAAUGGGAUGGGAAGAGGACCGUGGCCUUCUUGGACGAGUUUGACAAAACGACAGAUGAUUCUGGUUGCUACACAGAUCGGCGUAACAACAACAAGAUCGACUGCUCAAAGGUGCUCUGGAUCUUAGCAGCUAAUCUCGGAGUUAAAGAAAUCACCAAGUUCCGGGUGGAUAAUCUCAAGGACCGAAACCACGAGCAGCACAAACUGGCACCUAUCCGAGACCUGCAGGUUACGCUCAAUCAGUGUAUCAUCCAGACAUUCGGUGCGCCUCUUACCGGGCGCUUUUCGGCUAUCGUACCCUUUUUACCCUUCUACAAAGGAGAACGCGCUAUUACUGCCUACAAAUGUAUGCGCGAGCAGUGGCAUGAUGUCCGUAAACCAAUCGAUACCGACGGCAAGCGGUUUGCAGGGACCAUGUUUGUGAACUUUGUCAAUGAUGGAGAGAUCGCUAAGCACAUCGCUCAACGGUACCGCGAGGAAACGGGUGCAAGAUCUCUUGCCGACGCGGUGGAGGAAGAGAUAAGCGACAACUUGGCCGCUGCAUUUUUCGAGCAGGAAGGAGAGGUCAAGGAUGAGAGCACUGCCGCUGCCGAACUAUGA